GCCGCUGAUCCUCCCAGACCUCAGCCACAUAGAGAGUCUUUCCGGCCGCCGGGUGCAGGCCGUGAGCUCAGGUGACCAUGCAGGCACUGGGCACACCUGGCGCCGGGCCCUAACUCCGCCCCGGGCAGCCGCACCCGGGACGCUGUCGGGGAACAAGCGGCGGCGGGCCACCGAGGGCCAUGGCGGCGGCGUCACCGGUGUGCGGCUCGCAGGCGGCCGCGGCCGGCGCCUCGUCCCCACCCGCGCCCACACCGGCUCCAGCGGCCGGCCUGGGCCGCUGCCGCAUGGCGCUGCUGCUGGCCGUGGCCUUGGACGUGGCGGGCAUGGCGGCGCUCCUGACCGGCGUGUUCGCGCAGCUGCAGGUGCGCGGCCGCGACUUCGGGGACCUGCUCAUCUACUCCGGGGCGCUGCUCGUGUUCUUGAGCCUGCUGGGCUGGAUUCUCUGGUACACCGGCAACAUCGAGAUCUCGCGCCAGGAGCUGGAGCGCGACUACGGCCUGCGGCCCUCGGCGAUUGCCCGCCUGGCGCGCAAGCUGUCCCGUCGCUGGUCGGCGCCCGCCACCGCCGGUCCCCGGACCACAGCCGGUCUCCGCGCCGCGCGCAGAGGGACCCGCGCGCCCCAGCCGUCCGCUUCCGGCUCCCGCCGCGUGCGUCUGCAGCUCGCCACGCUUGAGGCGGGGCCCGGGGCGGCGGGCACGGGCAGCGAGUGAGCUCCAGACCACCUUGUGCUCAGGACCUGACAGACAUGCAGCAUCCCUGUACAUCACUCGGCCACCAGGAUACCCACCUGUCACCUCACUUGGAUAAAUGUUUCGGUUUUGGA